AUGGCCACUCUCGGUCCGGCUGUCUCCUCCCUCCGCUCUUCCAUCUCCCUUCUCGAAUCCAGCAUCUCGAUCCUCGACGAAGGCGUCUCCGACUUCCCUCGACUGUGCAAGGUCCUCCAGACGCAACAACACUUCGAACUCCUGCCCGAACCCACGCUCCGCGAAGCUCAGCAAUCGCUCGUCGAUGAGAUCGUGCCGGCUAUCAACCAGCUCCUAUCCACGGCGGAGAACUACAUCAACCAAUUGGGCCGAAGAGAAGAGAGUCUCAAGGCGAGAUCCGAACUGCUCGAAGGCAGGCUGAAUAGCAGCAGGCGAAGGACGUCAAGUUUCGGUGGCAACAACGGUGUUCGGUCCUUCCACAACACGAAGUCAGGUCAGUCUGCGGCGCCCUUGACCGACGCCAAGGUGUUGGAGAUGAAGCGUCUCCAGCAAAAGAAAGAGAGACUGCAGUAUGCCAUUGAGCGGUUGGAGCUGCAGAGCAAACAACGAGAAAGGGAAUUGAGAAAGAGUAUGGCUAUCGUAACAGAGUGA